CUCGAUCGCGUAGCCGCAUGGAGGGCGCGGUAUGAACGCAACUUCGGACGUAGACGUUUAGAAUACUUCGAAAUUUGAAUUUAGAACAAUCCAACUGUAAAUACUGUUUACGAGUAUAAACAGGAUAUUCCAUAUUUGAAAUUUGAAAAUGUUUAUAAGUGGUGUUUGUGCAAAAAAUGUGAAAAAGUUUUUUCCAGUAAAACUUUUUGUUGACAAAGUUUCAGUAGACUUUUAUACAUAUAAGAUGUAAUUAAUAUUACGGUACUUUUGCGUUAUUUUACCAGAAAGUUAAUUAGCUUUCGAUGAUUUAUGAUGUGGACGCGACAGCACGGAAAAUUUUAAUCUCUCGUUAUUGACAAGGCUUUUGGAAGUAGCAAUGUACCCUCAAGAGAACGGUAGUCUUCAUAUAUCAGAAAACUCAACAGACAGCGAAUACACUCCGUAUGAAGAUAGAUUAGAGACAUACUUGGUGCCAGUGCUCUUUGCAAUCAUCUUUAUAGUGGGAGUCCUCGGUAAUGGCACUCUGGUUAUUGUCUAUGUGCGACACAGGGGCAUGAGAAAUGCACCUAACACAUACAUAUUCUCAUUAGCGUUAGCGGACCUGCUAGUCAUUCUGAUCUGCGUUCCGUUUGUCUCCAUCAUCUACACUCUAGAGUCGUGGCCAUGGGGCGAACUGAUCUGUAGAAUUUCCGAAGCAGCAAAGGAUGUUAGCAUCGGAGUUUCCGUGUUCACGUUAACCGCAUUAUCGGCUGAGAGAUAUUGCGCUAUUGUGAACCCGUUUAGAAAACUACAACUACGCAAACUGCCCUUAGUUUGUGCAACAUUCAUCUGGGGUGCCGCCCUUAUCUUCGCAACACCAGCCGCCGUGUUCUCCAACACAGUUACGGCGCAGCUACACGACAACAUCACCAUUGUGUACUGCACACCAUACCCGCCAGGAUGGGAGCAUUAUCCGAAGUACGACUUUCAACUUUAUUAUUAUAACUUAUGGAUGGCGUUAGCCAAAGCCAUAAUUUAUUAUGGCCUACCGCUACUAGUGAUUGCUUUUUUCUAUACACUAAUGGCUCAGAGAUUGCUGGCCAGUACCCGAGAAAUGCCUGGUGCCUUCCAUGGAGGACAAGGGGAGGCACAGGCAAAAGCUAGAAAGUCCGUCGCCUGUAUGGUUCUUAUUUUCGUUAUUGUAUUCUUCAUAUGUUUCUUGCCGUAUCACGCCUUCGAGAUGUGGUAUCAUCUAUCGCCGACCGCCCAAACAGACUACAACGACUGGACUCAUGCUUUGAGAAUAAUGGGAUUCUGUCUUAGUUUCCUGAAUUCCUGCGUCAACCCCGUAGCACUUUACUGCGUAAGUGGAGUCUUCCGGCAGCACUUUAACCGUUACUUGUGCUGUCGUAGAAGCACUCUCCACCCCACGUGCAGUUCUCGACUUUCCAGAACUGCGAUCUGUGAGACCUCAUUUAGGAGCACCCAUCGACAUCGAUGCAACAGGAACCCAACAGAAAGUGUGGUGAUAUCCAACUACGACUAUGGAAGUACUAAAAAGAAAGGCAACAUAAUAUCCAGGAAUAGUACAGACGGAGUCACUAUAAUGACUAUCAGGGACACCAAUGACUUUCUAACGGGGGAUGUUGAUGAAAAAUGUAUCACUAGAUAGGCUUAAAUUAAAAAAAAAAAGAUUGGACAAAAGACAUACUUAAAUUUUAUUUUUUAUAAUUGGUAUCGCUUCUUGCUAUGAAAUCGAUAUACCAUUUAAUGUAUAAAUAGUAAAUGCAUAUACGUUACAUGAGAGUUAUAGAUAAUAUAAACAAACACAAUAAAAAAAAAAUCAAUAUAAAUAUAAUAUGUUCAGAAUCGAAGACAUUCAAAUUAAAAAUAUAUAAUAUACAAAUAUUAUUGUAAAUAAAGAGUUAUAACUUUCAAAAUUAUACUACAGGGAUCUCAAAUAAUUUAGAUUUAUAUGAAAUUUAAUUUAAAUUUAAGAUAAGUGUAAGUGUAUAUAUAGUAUAAAUAACUGAUAAGUUUCUCUAAUAUUAAGAGAAUAUGGCAUAUUAAAUUGAAAAAGAUUAUUUAAAAUUUACACAUUGUUGAUAUUAAAUUUAAUUAAAUAAUAUUACGUAUACAUAAUGAAACUAAAUCAUUAGCAUCUUUCCUGUAGAAAUAUCAGUUGAUAAAGAAUAAAAAUUUAGUUUAUUAACUAUAUAUAGUAAUUAUACCUUCGCAUACUAACAAGGCUCGUCCAGCUAUCAAGUUAAUAUGGGGCUCUAAAUUUUGUAUAUGUGUGUGCGUGUGUGUGCAUUUGUUUGCGUACACGUGCGCAUGUGUGUGAAACAAAAAUAAACUUAAGUUCUUUUGUAUAAAAUGUUCAGUUUCGAUAGACUUCCUUAAAAAUUAUUAUCAUUUAUUUUUUAAACUUUAAAAAGAGAUAUAAAUAAAAUAAAAAAAAACUUUUUAUGAAUUCACCUCUCCAUUCGGAGUACAAUUUCAGUUGAGAAGGACGGGCAAGAAACUCAACUGUAGCUUGCACUGCACUCUCUAAAUAGGAUGCUAAUGAUUUGGAGAUUUUAACCUGUAUAUUAUGUAUAUAAUAUAAUAUUUCACGCCUACAUUCCCUUGGUGUAAACAAAACAUCAAAAUCACAGUGAUUAAUGUGUUAGCUAAUAUAUAUGUCAUAUGAAAAAGUCUUAUAAUUUAUUAUGAAUUCAUAAGUGACAAAAUGUUAAUUAACUAUCUCAUAAGCAUUCAAGACACUACAUCUUCGUAUAAAUACUUACCACAAAUGGUGACUACCAUUAAAGAUGAUAGAUGAGGAGAGAGUGAGGUCAGUUGACGCAUCGUCACGAAUUUAGUAGGAAUUAUCCACGACGAUUUUUAGGAGAUGCCGAAUAUAAGGCGAAAGUUAAAAUUUGGAUUCUUUUAUAUGAAGACACUACCAAUGCAACUAAAGACACGUCGUGUUGAACUACUAAGUUUUUUUUUUCAUAAAACAAGGGACAAAUGAGCAUGCGGCUCAUCUGAAUGUAAGUAACUACUGCUGCCUAUGAGUGCUCGAAAUACUGGAGUAAUUCCAGGUGUGCUGCCGGCCUUUAAAAAGGAAAAUGCUGUUGUCACUUUUUACUCCAUGUACUAUUGAGUAAAAUCGUCAGUUUCGCUGGUAGAAUUAUCUUUAAAAGGAUGCUAGAUUUAACACUGUAUUACUGAUAAUGAGUCUCCCAUAUUUUAUAAGAGACGGGAAUUAAUGCGAUCAUUUGGGUGAACUAUAAUAAUUUACCAAAAUUAUCUCGACGUUUCACGAGUACGAGUACACUGAUGUAGUGCUGUCAUGUCUCCGCUUAAUUACUAAUAAUUAAUUAUUUAAUUCCCAUCUUUUAUACAACAUAAACGUCUAGAAAGUCUAAAAGACAAUAAUUGGUCUCCUAGUUCUCUUCCAACUUAUCAUUCUCUCCCUCUUGUGUUUGUGGUAUGUUCGUAUGUUAAAGAUAUUAAUAUUUCUUUAUUUACUUGUAACAGUAGUAGAUGAUUAAUUUAACCUAUCAUAUUUUCAGUGAUGAUAAAACUAAGUUCCGUAAGUUUGCAACAUAUUUUAACUGUAACAAAAUCCGGUUUGAUAUAGAAUACUUUUGUCGAGAAUUGUCGACUAGUAUUCUCAUGAUUUUCUUACAGUUAAAAUAAUAAGACUAUUAUUUAUAACUUUGGCAAUUAAAUGAGAUUAAUUAACUAAUAAAUUAUAUAUUUUUUAUGUUUCCUUUUAUUGUAAUGAAAUUAAUUAAAAUUACAGUAUAAUAUUGUGAUUCAAUUCUUCUUUCUUUCUUUCUUUGUUACACUAUCUAUAAAAUGUAUUUCCGGAUAUUUUGAAACACCCUAUUGUGCUCUUAAGAUUAAUGUUGUCAUAAUGUUCAAGUGUAAUAAAAAUCAUUUCUCAUAAUAAA